AGUGAUAGUGCAGUGACACUCGCGUCGUCGAACUGUGCAAGGAACGUCUUCACUUGAGACUGCCUGAGUCUAAUUUCUAUCUCUUUUUGACGCCUAGAGUAAUCACUCGAAGUUUGGCUCAUUAUGGCAUCAGCGGCAGUGAAAUUGAAUAAUGGAGCAUUAAUGCCCUCAAUUGCUUUGGGGACAUGGAAAUCCAAGAAAGGUGAAGUAGGAAGAGCAGUCAGGCUUGCUUUGCAGUAUGGAUACCGUCACAUUGAUUGUGCACAUGUCUAUCAAAAUGAGGAUGAAAUAGGUGAAACUCUUACCGAGGUGUUUAAUGAAGGAAAAGUGAAGCGUGAAGAUAUCUUCAUUACAUCCAAACUUUGGUGUAAUAGCCAGGCCCCUGAGGAUGUUUUACCAGCAUGCGAGACAACACUGAAGAAUCUGCAGUUGAAAUAUUUGGAUUUGUAUCUCAUCCACAUUCCCCUUGCUUUCAAAAAAGAUGUACCUUUCCCUCACUCUAAGGCAGAUGGAGUGAUAGGUUAUUCACCUGAAGGCAUGGCAAAGACUUGGCAGGCAAUGGAGCAGCUUGUGGACAAAGGUCUCUGUAAAGCCAUUGGCAUCUCAAAUUUUACAACUAAGAAGACACGGACUCUUUUGGAAACUGCCAGAAUAGUUCCAGCGUGUAAUCAAGUGGAAUUACACCCAUAUUUACCUCAGCCACAGCUAUUGAAGUUUAGCGCUGACAAAGGCAUUGUCGUGACAGCAUACUCACCUCUGGGCUCUCCUGAUCGUCCUUCUGCCAACAAGGAUUCUGAACCUGUGAUACUGGAAAACCCAGUGUUGAAGAAAAUUGCCGAAAAACAUGGCACAACUACUGCUUUGGUGGCUCUUGCCUGGGGAAUAAAGCGUAAUACUCCAGUCCUCCCAAAAUCUGUCUCUGAGAACCACAUUAAGGAGAACCUUGAAGCACUUCAUGUAAACUUAGAUGAAGAUGAUAUGAAAACGAUUGAGAAUAUUGGAAUACACCACCGCUACCUUAUGCAGACGUGGAUGUUCCGGCCGGAGGAAGUUCCUGAGAAUUACUGGGACGGCGAAGAAUGAUUGUUUACUGAGCGUUAACUUACGAUAGCUACAUGACUGAAAUUUAUAGGACAACAUGCAAUUAUAGUAGAUGUUUUUCAAUUUCAGAGCAGCGAUUAAUUUUGCGGUUGUGUGUGUUUGUGUUUUUGUGUGUGUGACAUUAAAAAUCAGCGGUAAAAUGCUACGACUGUUUGACCAAAUUCGGUAAUUUUCAAGUGAAUGGCAAGAAUGUCACGAUGAAUAUAUAUUUGCGUGUAAGAGAGAUAAAAAUUUUGUAGAUGCGAAACGGAUUUUAAGAACAUGCAGAGAUUAAAAAAUGAUCGGUAGCUAAUUAAAAACCUCAGAACGAA